ACUGGGUCUCCUGCAUCUCCUGCACUGCAGUCAGAUUCUUUACUGCUGAGCCACCAGGGAAGCCCCCUAGCCACCGGAUGCCAGGGAAUUCCCCAAAUUACCUUUUAAACAGUUGUAUCCAUUUAUAUUCUUACUGAUAUUAUAUGACAGUAACAGUUUCCUCAUACAUUUGCCAAAAGGUAGCUUUAUAAAUCUUGAAAAAAUUUUCAUUUUGAUUAAAAAAUAAUUUAUUUUAAUUCAUAUGUAACACUAAUGAAGCUUAGCAUUUAAAGUUUAUUAUUUAUAAUUUAUAUAUUACACAUGAUAUAUAAUAUGCAAGUAUGAAUAUAUAUAUGUGUGUGUAUGUAUAUAUAUAUAUAUCCUGAUGAAAGGGUUGAAUUUAAACUGAAAAGUAGCUAUUAGAUGGCAAAGAAGCCCAAGGAAGAAAUAUUUAUCUGCCAUCACCAACCCACCAGGUCAGUACUCUGGAGAUCUUUAAUGACCUAAAGUGCAAAGUAAUUGUUAAUAAUAGAAAACUAGACAGAGAAAUAGGAUUCAUCUAACUAUGAAAUCGGACAUGACCCAUUGAUUAUUAAGACUGAUGACUAAGAAGUUAUUAUCUAGUUAGGUUAUUUUGGUACUAGAAACAUUGUUUACAUUACCAAAAACAGUGAUAUCUUUCUGGGUCUCCAGGGGGCAAAGUUACCAUUAAAAAGCACACAUAUGUCUGGCAUUUUAAAUCUGACAUUUCUAAAUAAUAGAGGAACCAUUUAUUCAGCUUAAUUUUGUGCUCAUAGUUUUAGUCUUCUAAACUGUGCUGUAUUAAUUACAACUAUUAGAAAUAUUCUUUCUGUGGGCUGCCCAAUAAGGUAGCCACUAGGCAUAUGUAGCUGUUUACAUUUAAUUAAAAUUAAAUGAAAUUAAAAACUGUGUCUCUGUUACACAAGCCUCGCUGCAAGUACUCAAUAGCUAUGUAUUAAUAGUGGCCAUCUUAUUGAACAGCGCAGACAGUCUAUCCAACACUGCUGCAAAAAGUUCCAUUGGAUUAGAAAAACUUCCAUUGGGUGGCGCUGUUUGAGAAGCCAGAAUGAAGGCAGGGAGCUGGAGCUUAGCUGAUGGCUGACUCACUGCUCCGAACUAAACUGAAUCUGCUCUACACCUGCAAAGGGACACACUGAGAAAGGCGUUGAAGAUGGCUGUGGUAUAACUUUUAAGCGUGAUCUGCUUCAAAUUUACCUAAAUCAAGAAAGGUCUGUGUUAAUCUGUCUUAGCUAAUUAAGAGUCAUUUGAAAUAUUUUUUCUUUUGAAUUUUAUGGUACUGUAUCUAUGUAUAUUAGUAUUCAUGCUAUUUGCUAUGAAAACUUUAGGACCUAAGAUUUGAAGCUACAUAACAGUGCUUCCUCUUUCAGAAAAUACUAUGCACUUGUCCUUUUAGGAAAAAAAAAAACAACUUUAAUUUUCUUUGGUAAUUUUAAAAGUAAAGUGCUCAUGGUAAAAGAAAUUAAACAUAUAUAUAAUUAUAAAAAAUUAAGUCAAUUAUUAUCAUUCUACCCAGAGAUAAUCACAGUUAAUAUUUUGAUGAAUAUUCUUCUAGGCUUUAUUGUAUGCAUCUCUACAUAUACGUAAAUUUACAAUAAUGGGGCUAUAUUAUUUUGUUUUAUAAUCCGAAUGUCAGUGAAACAAUAUAUCCAAUGUCUUUUUAUAUUAGUAUAUAUUUAUUAUCUCUACUGGUUGCAUAGUACCAUACUGUGGAUGUACUAUUAUUUAUAUGUACAAUACAGUCUUUCUUGUAUUGAUAUUAUUAUAAACAACAAUAAGAAUAAUAUCUUUGCUUUUAUUUUAAAGUGCUUUGGACUGUGGGUCAAAGAGUAUACUGCUAUUAACAUAAUAAAGUCAAAUACAAAAUUUCUCUUUCUCAGGAAUACAACUAAAUUUUAGAAGGUUGAUGCUUUUGCAACUCUUUUGAACUAUAUAAAGCUUUCAAAAACUAAAAACUAUAGAACUUGUUAUUUAAAAAAUCAAAGCUUUCACUAUUUGACAUACCUAAUUUAAAUAAUUAAAAUUAUAAGAGAAAACAGGUGAUUUCUUAGUAUCUCUUUCAUGAAAACUUCAAGUGUGUUUAGAGAAGAAAAAUAGCAGUUUAGUAAAACAGUUAAGAGGUGACUUUAGAACCACAUUGAUCUUUGAAUACCAGUUCUAGCUGUGUGAUCUUGGGUAAUUUAAGGUGUGCCUCAGUUUCCUCAUCUGUAAAAUGGGGAAACAAUAUACCUAGCUCACAGGAGUUUUGUGAUGAAUAUAUCUUGUAGCUAUAAUAUCCCAGUAUGUUGUUUGAUUGUGUAAUAUUUCCCUAUGAGGAAUACAGGACAUGCAUUUACAUAUUAAAACUGAAAAUGAAUGAAAACAUUCCCCCAUUUUUUCUUUCCUUUGGGAUGUAUUUCCUCUUAGAUAUCCCAGGGUUAUCAACUCUAAUAUGGAACCUACUGGCUGAUAAUCCAAGCAUCUAAAUUAUAACUCGCCCUACUGCUCACUCCACAAAGAAAGCUGUAUGUCUUAAAAGGGUCAAAUACUGUUGUAAUGAAAAUUUCUAUACUACUACCAACAUACCAAUGAGCCAAGCAAUAUCUAAUAAUAUCCUCACAAUAAUUUUUCAUAGCAAAGUAUGGUAAUAAUUACAUAAAUAUUCAUAAAUAUUUUUACUGAAAUGAUUUCCGAAAAUGCUCAAAAACUGCCGGAAAGAAACUAGAAUUUAGACAUUUAAAUGUAGAUUAAAAAACUAAAUUCUUAUAGCAAGAGCCAGAUCUGUUUCCUUUGGUUUCAUCAAUCCUUUUCAAUCCUUACUGGAUUAUGAAAUGAAACACAUGCCUUUUCCUUUGUACAUAAAUGAGAUUUUAAAAUCAUUGACAUCGGUCACAGCUUCCAUAUAAAAUAAUCUUAAUAAACAGGUUUGUAAGAUCAAGUCAGUAGUCUCAGGAACCUCUCUAAGAGUUCUCAGUUUAAAAUAACAAAGCAAAAAGCCAAGUAAGACUCCUUUCUUCCAGGAACUCCUACAAUUCUAUUCUUCAUAGAGAAUACAUACACCCCUCUUCCAGGUAUCUUUUUUCUCCCUACUGCAUUAUAAUGUCUAAAUGUAAAUGACUUUCUAUUCUUGACAUUGUAAAUAUAUUCUUGGUAACACAUUAUUACAACUUUCUAGGGAAAAAAGAGAGCAACCAGCAUGCUGAAAAGAGUGAUGCUUUGUUCAUAUUUUGGCCACAGGUUUGCUUAAGAAAUAGCACACGCUUCAGAAAUGGAAGAAUGUAUCUGCCUCCUAUUUGGUGGGGUUCAGAGAUAAGAUGACUGACUAAGUAAACAUGGGGGACUGGAAUUUCCUUGGAGGCAUUCUGGAGGAGGUUCAUAUCCACUCCACCAUGAUUGGGAAGAUGUGGCUCACCAUCCUGUUCAUAUUUCGAAUGCUUGUUCUGGGUGUCGCAGCUGAAGACGUCUGGAAUGACGAGCAGUCUGGCUUCAUCUGUAAUACAGAACAACCUGGCUGCAGAAAUGUAUGCUAUGAUCAGGCCUUCCCUAUCUCCCUCAUUAGAUACUGGGUUUUGCAGGUGAUAUUUGUGUCUUCACCAUCCCUGGUCUACAUGGGCCAUGCUUUGUACCGACUGAGAGUUCUGGAGAAGCAGAGGCAGAUGAAGAAGGCGCAACUGAGAGGUGAACUGGAGGAGGUAGAGCUUGAAACGCCUGGGGAUCGGAGGCGACUGGAGGAAGAACUGUGUCAGCUGGAGCAAAGGAAAGUAAAUAAAGUUCCACUCAGAGGAACCUUACUUUGCACUUAUGUGAUACACAUUUUCACUCGCUCUGUGGUUGAAGUUGGGUUCAUGAUUGGACAGUAUCUUUUAUACGGAUUUCACUUAGAGCCUCUAUUUAAAUGCCACGGCCACCCAUGUCCAAAUACAAUUGAUUGUUUUGUCUCUAGACCCACAGAAAAGACGAUAUUCCUAUUAUUCAUGCAAUCCAUAGCGACUGUUUCACUUUUCUUAAAUGUUUUAGAAAUUUUCCAUCUAGGUUUUAAAAAGAUUAAAAGAGGGCUUUGGGGACAAUAUAAAUUGAAGGAUGAACAUAAUGAAUUUUGUACGUCAAAACAAAACCUUGCCAAAUAUCAAAACACAUCUGCAAACUCACUGAAACGACUCUCUCCUGCACCUGAUUAUAGUCUGUUAGUGGACAAGGAAGCACACACAGCAGCGUAUCCUAGUUUAAAUCCCUCUGCAUUUCAGACAGAUCCUGAUAACCAUAUUGGAAAUGAUGACAAAGGCAUUUUGGAUGAACAGGAAACUCUGUUUUCUGAGCUGUGCACAUUUAGUACGGCCUGUGGUCAUCUUCAAAAUAUCAGCUCAAGUAAUAAAGAAGACACUCAUAAACUAUCUGGAAAAGAAGUUAAUGGUAACCAGCUGAAGGGAAAAAGAGAAAUUUAUGGCAAAGACAGCAAAAGAAAUCAUUACUUUAAAGGUCACUGUUCUAGUCCAGGUGACGCUAUAGAGCUUAACAACCACAUGGGACAGUCACCGCAAACAGCUUUCUCUCUGCCAGCUAACUGCACCUGGAAACCGAAGUGGCCUCGUGCUACCCGGGGCCCCUCUGCAGAAAAUGAAAACCAGGCGUUACCUCCUAAAGGUAACCUCAAGGGCCAGCUCAGGGAGAGCACAACCAGAACCCUUCCUCCUUCACAGGGAGACUUUCAACCUCUUGACGUUCCAGACACUCCUGAUUCUUCGGGAGGGCUGUCCUUUGAAUCCAAGUUGGUCAGAACCUGCGGUAACCCUACUGCUUGUACUCCAAAUCAUUUAGUGUCACUGACAAACAACCUCAUUGGAAGGCGGGCUCCCACAGACCUUCAGAUCUGAACAUCCGUUGGCGUUUAGACAUUCUACCUAUUACAUUAUCACAGAAGUAGUCUAGAGAUGGUGGAGCACAGAAAAAAUAGAUAGGGCAGCUCUAAAGACCAGCUGUUUAGAAAAACGACUACAAACCCAUUUUAAAAAGGGAAAAUGGCUCUAGUUCUGAACUGGGAAGGAUUAGUUUCAAGUUUAAAGACACAGAGUUAGCAAAUCAGGAUUACUUUUUUGUGGGUUCCCUUCAGAAAAACACUGAUUCUGGGAAAAUCUAUGGCAGAAUUGAAGCUAAAUGGAACCAGGUUUUUUCCUGAAGGGAAAAACAGCCUUCCUUGAUUGUUCUUGAUCUAUGUAAUCCCCUCUUUUAGUUAUUGAUCUUAUUUCUGGACAGUGAUUGAACUUUGUUUGCGCUUGGUUCUUCGUUUCCUUAUGGACUGCAACCCGAUGUGUCCUGGAUAUAAUCAUCAUGUUGCUUCUAGUAAAUAAAAUCCUAAAAAGAUGUCGCUUUCUUUUACCAGUUUAUAGCAUUGUGAUUCAGUGCCAGGGGCCGAGUCUUGGCUCUACUACACUGGC